CCCCACACCCUCACCCUCGCCCCCUCCCAGGUGCUGGUCCAGUAUGCGGAUGGGUUAGGGGUCAACAAAGCUGAGGGCGGACACACCAAGGUGGUGCAGCUGAAUGGAGAGCUGGAGAGGAGUUUCGGUAAACAGAGCUGUGCUGGCAUCAAAGGAACCUCCUACUCUAACCAGAACAAUCAGCAGGUUCACCAUGGAUAUGAAGCUCGACACAUCCUCAUUCCCGCAGACUACACUACCCAGGAUUCCACAGGACUACAAACCUCCCUGGUGCUGGUAGCAAAUGCCCAGCCCCACCCCCACCCCCACCCUACCAGAGGUGCUGAGCAGGACAAGGUCCAGGUCCACCCAUCACUAAUACACAGUGAGGGAGGAGGUAUCUGUCUAGGGAAACCUGUCUCUAGAACCUCCUCUUUCACCUCACUCAAUUCCUCCGAGGCUCUGAAGGUCUCUUCUGCCCCUCACACGGUUAUCCAGACCACCCACCACUCUGACCAGCAUGUACACAGCCUGUACUCCACCACCCAGGCACCAAUCAUUGGCUACAUCGCCAGGACAGGUAACCAGCAUGGCGUCAGCUACGCCACCCUGCCGCAGCACCUGGUCAUCCCGGACGGCCAGUCCCUCCAGUCUCUCCUGAUACCCGUUAACGGAGUCGGUGACGUUACCACCACUACGGACCUUGAGGCUGCCUGCUCGGUGACCGCCAGGACAGCCAGCACCACCGCCAGCACCACCGUCUCUCAGCUGGCUCCAGCGACCGUAUCCCUCCCCCGCCACACCUACCUCACCGCGUCCCCCUCCCCUGCCCCAGCCCUAGCUCCCGCCCCUGUCCAGGCCUCCCCCUCUCCCCUAGCUCCGGCCCCUGUCCAGGCCUCCCCCUCUCCCUCCUCCUCUCCAACCACGCUCCCACCGUUCUUCAUGCGUGGCUCCAUCAUCCAGCUGGCGGAUGGGGAGCUGAAGCGAGUGGAGGACCUGAAGACGGAGGACUUUAUCCAGAGUGCUGAGAUCAGCAGUGAGCUGAAGAUUGACUCCAGCACUGUGGAACGCAUCGACACAGGCCAGACACCCAACGCUGUCAUCAUACAGUUCGGUGUCGGGGAACACAAAGCACAGGUGUGUGUGGAGGUGCUGUUAGAGUACCCGUUCUUUGUGUUCGGCCAGGGCUGGUCGUCCUGCUGCCCUGACCGGACCACUCAGCUGUUGGAGCUGAGCUGUGCCAAGCUGUGUGUUGGGGACGUGUGUGUCUCCCUGACCCUCAGGAGCCUGAGGGGUGGCGGCGGCUCUGUAUCUGGGAGGAACCACAGCAGCCAGGGUCACGAGGUCAAGCUGAGGCACAGCCACAACACUGGGGACAUCACACAGGGGUCUAACCGCCAGGGGAACAGUCAGGGGAAUAGCCAGAGUAAUGGUCAGAGUAUUGAUCAAAUCAACAGUCCAAUAAAUAGUCAGAGCAACGGUCAGAGAGACGGUCAGAGCGACGGUCAGAGCGACGGUCAGAGCGACGGUCAGAGCGACGGUCAGAGCGACGGUCAGAGAGACGGUCAGAGCGACGGUCAGAGCGACGGUCAGAGCGACGGUCAGAGCGACGGUCAGAGCGACGGUCAGAGUAUGGACAAGGACUUUAGGAACAGUUUGAAUGCUGCAGGCAGCAACAGUGUCUUCCUGGUGCAGGUGGGCAAAACAGACAGGUUGAAUAAGGAGGACAGGUGCGUUCCCUGCUGUGUGGACCAGGUGACAGAAUCUGGACUGAGACCCGGAUCUGGACCAGGGGUCUACGGAACUGGAGUUGGACCCAGGAGUACCUCGAACCUGCAGGCUGUCUCAGGCAAUGGAGAGAUGAGAGACAGAGAAAAUGUAGAGAUAAUAGGGAGAGACAAUGGAGAAAUGCGAGAGAGAGAACAGAAUAGCCACAUGCCCCCUCCGCCCCUCAAGACAGAAGUGGGUGAGGUAGACAAAGAAAAACCCUGGGGUCGUAAGAGGAGGUGGUCUGCUCCAGAGAGAGAUCAGACAGAGCGGGCGGACGAGGAACCCCCCUUUGACUCUGCCAAAACCCUCUUUUAUAACUCAGCAGGUCAAACUCUCCAUCGAGGGAAGGUCAAAUGUUAGUCGUUGAAGGAGCUGGAGUGCUGUACGGGAGGUAGGGAACAUAGUUUUAUAUGUUUGUAACGUUGUUAGUGUUGUUUGGUUUAAUCUAUCUAUCCACAUUAAUGGAAAGGAUUUGUUUACCUUGUAUAUACAUGUUUUAUGAUUCUAUUUCUAUGGAAGGAACCUUGUUGUCUCUGUGUUUGACCCACUGUCUGCGAGGCCAGUCUCUCUCCAGAACACAGUUAGUGGCCCACUGCCUGGGAGGCCAGUCUCUCUCCAGAACACAGUGAGUGGCCCACUGCCUGGGAGGCCAGACUCUCUCCAGAAUACAGUUAGUGGCCCACUGCCUGGGAGGCCAGUCUCUCUCCAGAACACAGUUAGUGGCCACAGUUAGUGAACACAGUUAGUGGCCCACUGCUUGGGAGGCCAGUCUCUCUCCAGAACACAGUUAGUGGCCCACUGCCUGGGAGGCCAGUCUCUCUCCAGAACACAGUUAGUGGCCCACUGCCUGGGAGGCCAGACUCUCUCCAGAACACAGUGAGUGGCCCACUGCCUGGGAGGCCAGUCUCUCUCCAGAACACAGUGUGUGGCACACUGCCUGGGAGGCCAGACUCUCUCCAGAACACAGUGAGUGGCCCACUGCCUGGGAGGCCAGACUCUCUCCAGAACACAGUGAGUGGCCCACUGCCUGGGAGGCCAGACUCUCUCCAGAACACAGUGAGUGGCCCACUGCCUGGGAGGCCAGACUCUCUCCAGAACACAGUGAGUGGCCCACUGCCUGGGAGGCCAGACUCUCUCCAGAACACAGUUAGUGGCCCACUGCCUGGGAGGCCAGACUCUCUCCAGAACACAGUGAGUGGCCCACUGCCUGGGAGGCCAGUCUCUCUCCAGAACACAGUGUGUGGCCCACUGCCUGGGAGGCCAGACUCUCUCCAGAACACAGUGAGUGGCCCACUGCCUGGGAGGCCAGACUCUCUCCAGAACACAGUGAGUGGCCCACUGCCUGGGAGGCCAGACUCUCUCCAGAACACAGUGAGUGGCCCACUGCCUGGGAGGCCAGACUCUCUCCAGAACACAGUGAGUGGCCCACUGCCUGGGAGGCCAGACUCUCUCCAGAACACAGUUAGUGGCCCACUGCCUGGGAGGCCAGUCUCUCUCCAGAACACAGUGAGUGGAUACUGUAGCUAGCAGAUGGUUGACCUGGAAAGGUUUGAAUUUACUAAACCAUGAGAUUUGUCCUCUAUAUUGACCUAUAAAGUGAAUUAUGCAUGUGUGAGUUAUAUUAAUUGAUAGUACCUACCUACCUAGUUAGAAUACAACCCUCUACUGCUCAUCGUUACCCUCAGUCAUCAGAACCCCCACCCCCCAUAUAUUUGAGGACAUGUUUUAUGUGAUGAAAUGUAGUUUCUUUUUGUUGCCUCAUGGCAACGAUGUGCAGUUAGGCUACUUUAAAGGGCAAUACAAUGCUGAAUGAUAGACAUGUAGAUUCCCAGACAAUGGACCCAGGGACAUUCUAUGAGCCAAAGCAACCUAAUUGAGCAGUUAAGAUCAUACCCUCUGAUUGUGAGGACAGUCCCAGCGAGGAAGAAUGGACCUCAGAAUCAGGUUUGAGAGGCAGUGAAAUACUAGUUUAGGGAAACGCUUUCACUAUCAGCUUUUCCAUGGUGUUAUAGUAAGUACCCUUAUGGCACAGAACGCCUAAAUCUUCCCCCAAAAAAUAGGAUGGAAUAUUUGUUUCAAUGAAAAACCACAAUGUGUGCAGUAAAGGAUUACACAUAUACUGUAUGUAGUGCAUUCCUGAAGUAAUCAGACCCCUUGACUUUUCAUACAUUUUGUUACAUUACAGCCUUAUUCUGAAAUUGAUUUUUCUUUUAAAUCUUCAUCAAUCUACACACAAUACCACAUAAUGACAAAGUGAAAACAGGUUUUUAGACAUUUUUAACCGCUAAAAAACAGUAAUACCUUAUUUACGUA